UCUCUCUCUCUCUCGCUCUCGCUCAUUAAUCCAUCCUCGCCUUAUCCUUCUGCAAUCCACCGCAUCAAAAGGCAGGCCAUGGCUUCCGCCCUCGGUGCCGCCGCUGUCCUUUCGCCUCCCGUCGGCCUCUUCUCCCUCUCCCGCAGUCUCCCAACCUUCUCCGUUUCCUCCAAAGUUCGAUUCCCCUCUAUCCCGACCCGCCUUUCCUCAUCUCAAAGGCCUUUCCUCCCCCUUUCAUCUUCAAUCGCCCGCAAGUCGAACUUGCGCGCGGCUGCCGAAGAGGAGUCCAUCCACACUGAGGAUGUUGAUCCGGCGGUUCCAGCGCCGGUGGAGGAGCAGUUGGCCGCUUCCACCGCCGCCAAAGAGGAAGACGUCUUUGCGGUAGUAAUGGUCGGCUCACGGCAGUACAUUGUUAUCCCUGGACGAUUCCUCUACACGCAGAGAUUGAAAGAUGCUAACGUCAAUGACAAGAUUAUUCUAAACAAAGUUUUGUUGGUUGGAACUCGAACAAAGGCAUACAUUGGACAACCAAUUGUAACUAAUGCUGCUGUGCAUGCUGUUGUUGAGGAACAGGGAUUAGAUCACAAAGUAAUUGUUUUUAAAUACAAGAGAAAGAAGAACUACCGCCGGAACAUUGGUCAUCGUCAGCCAAGAACACGGAUAAGAAUCACCGGCAUAACUGGAUAUGAAAAUUUUCCUGCGGAAACUAUGCCUGAGAAUGUGCCUGCAUAGGAGCGAGGGGGGGAGACCACCAUUCUUAUUCGCCCGGAACACAUUGGGUGAAGGUUGUUGGUUUGUAGUCGUUAAGUUCUGUCAACAUUACUGAUGGUUUUGAAAUUAAACUGCCGGUCCCCCUUCAGCGCUUCAAUUCAUAGCUCAUAGCUAAAUAGUCAACUUCACAGCUAAAUUGCUCAUCAAUGCAUUAUCGCUGCCGCCGAAUGAGUACAAGGCAUUGGAAUCCUGUCCUAAAUUUGUGCAUUUACAUAUUUGUAUGUUGAAAAGAGAAGUUUGUGAGUCUGUAAAACUGUUAGUGAAUGGCUAUGCUUUGGUGAUGGUUCCAUCAA